AUGAACCUCAAGAGCCUCCUCCUAUUCAGCCUUCUCGGCGUCUCUUCCGCCCAUUUCAUUCUUGAGGUCCCGACCUCUAUCGGAUUCGACGACGAAUUCGCAGACAUUGGUCCAUGUGGUGGCUUCGACCAGACCAAUAGAGCUGGUCUCACGCAAACCAAGUGGCCUAAGAAAGGCGGCCCGAUUGGUGUCGUUAGCACCCACUCUACGGCUGUCUGGGAAUUCCGAGCCUCUGUCGUUCCCUUCAAUAACAGAUGGGUCAACUUGUCGCCAAACAUCACCCAGACUGCUGGUCUUGGAAGCAUCUGCUUUUCCAAUAUCCCAGGGCCCAACAAUCCAUUAUGGUACGGCCGCAAGGGCGUCAUUCAAAUUAUCCAGCACGGACACCACGGUGCCCUCUAUCAGUGUGCCCUUGUUAAGUUCAAGCCAUGGGGUCCCGCAAUUACCGUCAACACAGAGACCUGUUUUAACGACACCGGAAUCGCUCUUCAGUGGGGUAAUCCCGAGCAUGAGCAUGAACAUGAGCAUUAA